GGGUCAGCCAAUGAACGGCAAGAUCGCCCUGCUGAUUCUCGUCACGUCUGCCGUGGUGCUGGCGGGGUGGUAUUACGACGGCAGCAGGUUACUACGUGCCGAUUUGCGGCCUGUCGUGAUCCACGAUGUGGCCGUACUUCACCCACGGCCGGGACCAACAACCAACCUCACCAAGUUGUCGUUCUUAAAAGGGACCGCUAGACCAACAACAAUGUCUCAACCAACGCCGGAAGACAGCAGACAAGCGUGUCAAGAACGAACCAAGAUCGUCUUCAUCAAGACCCACAAAACCGGCGGCACGUCUUUCAUACAGAUCCUCCAUCGCUUCGGCUAUCUUCGGAACUUGUCGUUUGUGAUUCCGACCCGGCGCAAUACUGGCUCCAUGAACGGUCUGUACCCCAAGGGGCUGAAGAAGAAGUCGAACUACCUACCUCCGCAAGGCGGCGCUUUUGACAUUCUAGCCUAUCACACCAUCUACGACCGGAAAGCGAUCGCGGAUUUGUUCAAGAAGCCAGAGAACGUGGCAUUUGUGACGCUUUUAAGGGAGCCUCUGAGUCAAUUUAGGUCGUCCUUCAACUAUUACCGCUUGGCCAAAUCGUUUAAUAUUGUCAGUGAGACUCCUAUGGCAAGUUUUCUACAAAAUCCUGUGAGGUACAAUCCACGACUAAGCCUUCCAUCUCUCACGAAAAGCCCCAUGGCUCUAGACUUAGGAUUUCCACCAACUGCAGUCAUUAGCGCAACGGCUCUGAGUCUUCGGAACCACUCGGAAAAGUACUCGUCGACCAUUCGGGACUUCGCUCGGAAGAUUUCGGAAGAGUUUGACCUGGUGAUGUUGACGGAGUUUUUCGACGAAUCGCUGGUCUUGUUUAAACGCAUGAUGUGCUGGCAACUAAAAGACAUACUGUACUACAAAUCCAACGGUUACAUCUACAAACAGAAGGAGGAAGUUCUCAACGAAAAACUGCGUCAAAGCCACAAACGCUGGGAUGUGGUAGACUAUCCUCUGUACGAAAAACUCAACAACACACUACGUGGAAAAAUCAAAGAACUUGGCAACGACUUUCUCUCAGAAGUUGACCAUUUCAAAAUGGUGAACGCGAAAAUGCAUCAAUAUUGUCUCGGAAACUCCAACAUAGGCGAACGCGACUACCUCGCUAUAGAGAAGAGUACAUGGAACGAAAUGUUUGUCAUAACUCCAGAUUUCUGUACACUUGCCAAACUGGGAAUACGUUGUUAUAUGACACUUCUCAGAGACCGAAACCUACGCGUAAGAAACGCCAGUCAUAAUACCAACUUCCCCACCAAUAAUGCCUACGAACCCCUCACAAGAAUAGACAAUGACAAGCGCUAUGGUGAAGGGUUUUAUACGGAACGAUACUGUCAGAUAUGCGAGGAUAUCAAAAGAGACUGCACCCUAAACGAAUAUCUAACACAUCUAUUCCACGAAAGACUGAUAUACCCCUUUGAUACGAGUUUUUACGUCAGUGUUCAUGGAGGGAGGGGGCCAGUGGAAAAGACUCUAGAGGAAUGACCUUAUAUUUAGCCUUGUUUAGGCCACAGCAAGUAAAUUCUAUGUAUUACAUCCCCAUACGCGUUUUAAAU